UGUUUAAGUCAGUGUAAAAUUCCACCGUUUUCGGCUCCCAGCUUGAGAGGUCGGAAGCAACGCGUGAUUUCCAUUUGAGGACCUCAGUCUGUGCGGGCAUCCGCCGUGAACAUCGGGAACGAAUUAGUAGGCAUUGAAGCUUGGAGUGGUGGUAGAGAAAUGAAGUCAACGGGAGAAUCACCCGAUGCCAAGCGCGCCAAGAUCCACGAGAAACCCUCCGCAGAUGCUCUGCUGUCCGUGAAAAAGUCGAAGAAGAGGACGAUUUCGAUUGCGGUGUGCGCGUCAAUGUUGGAGAAUCUGAAGGGAGAGGGUUCGAAGCACCGAGUUAUCGCCCAGAUCGCGAGAGCGGCCGCAAUUUUUCGGGUCAAUGAAGUGAUCGUCGUUGACGAUGCCUACAAGAAUCCUGGUUUCGACUCAUCGAAAGAUUCGAAUUUGUUCCAACUGAUCCUCGAAUAUUUGGAUUGCCCCCAGUACCUGCGCAAAUCUCUGUUUCCAAUGUGUUUAGAACUAAAACACAUAGGCGUGGCGCCACCUCUCGACGCAUCGCACCACGUAAGGAUGGAGGAUGAAGUGCCAUAUCGAGAAGGAAUCGUAACCAGGGUUUCCCUCGGCUCAGUUUGGCUGGAUGUCGGCCUCCAUGAAGACAUCAAAAUCGAGUCUCGCGCAGAAGUCAAGCAAGGUCUUCGAGUGACUGUCAACAUGACCGAGAAGAGCAUUGUAGGACCCGACACACCUCGCAAGAAAGACGGACUUUACUGGGGCUACAGAACUCGAGUUGCAAAAUCGAUUUCCGAAGUGAUAGCACUUUGUCCCUUCGAGAAAGGUUAUGACAUGACUAUUGGUACAUCGGAGAGAGGGGAGAGUAUCUUGGAAUUGGAAGCUCUAGGGAAAUUUCGUCAUCUUCUGAUCGUUUUCGGGGGACCAAAAGGCUUGGAACAUGCUCUCGAGCAGGACAAAGCGCUCACCCAAGUCAAAGAACCGAAAAAUGUGUUCGAUAAGUAUCUCAACACCUGCCCAUUGCAAGGGAGCAGGACAAUCCGCACAGAGGAGGCUGUUCUUAUAAGUUUGUCGGCGUUGCAGAAGUAUUUUUGGUGUUCCUAAAAUCGGAACAUGCAAGGAAAUAUAUGCGUGCAGAUGUUCA